GUCGCUCCUACGACUCCAAGACACUGCAGGUUCUUGCACGGAUCCGCGAGGUCAAAAUCCGUCUUAUUCUCGCUAUCCCCCGAACCGGAACCCUGCUGCUCCGGCUUGACGUCGCAAUUUUCGCCUUCGAAUCCUUCGCAGCAGUCGUUCACCCACUGCUCAAUCGUUCCGUUGGCAUAGGUCUCCGGCUUGACCUUGAAGCAUGGCUCUACACGGUUACUAUCGUCGACCGUAAUGUCCGGGUGGAAUUCUCUCCUCUCCCUUCUGCUGUGGCCCUGCUGCUGUUGCGUGAAUGGUCUGGCGAGGCAGUCGGGGAUCAUGAGGAGGCACAGAGCCAGCGUGCAUACCUGGAUGAUAUUUCUGGAGAUUUUCAUUUUUGCCGAAAUAAUCUUUUUGCAGACGUUCCGAUUUGUUUUGGAGAUGGUUUGUGAGCCCGCCUUUCCCCUGUUUUAUAGUCGCGCUGCGACACUUGCGGGGCUUUUGUGCGGAGGACAGGAAUCGAUGAGGGGGUGUGGUCAAAAAUCAGCUGACGCGACCGACAACUGACUGGGCAACCAUGUCCCAGACGGGGAAGAAAGGAUUGGCGCAGUACCGAAGCAUUAACGAAGAUGACGAGGAAACUCUCGCCCUUCGCGGAAGGCGGCAGAGACGGUCCCCCGUCUGCAUCUGGGGCUCAUUCUUCGCUCUAAUGACCGGGACACUCGUUUUCAUUGGCGCCACUUUCGCUCUGCUCGCCGGCUUCGGUUUUUUCAGCGCCCCAGGCGACGCCAGGGGAAACGAGACGGCGUGCGAGCUGCCCAACGUCCGCGUCAACUGCAUCCCCGAGGGCGGGCGCUCGGAGACCGAGGACGUGUGCCUGGAGCGCGGCUGUUGCUGGGCCAAGGAAGAAACGCCGAGCUGUUUCUAUCCCAAGGGGUUUGGCUACGCUGUGGACGGGCAGCCUGCGGACACUUCUACGGGAAAGACGGUGAACCUUACCCGAAAAACGGGCCAGCCUUCGCAGUACGGCGGGGACAUAAAAACUGUCCGUGUGGAUAUUUUCUACGAGACGUCCUACCGUUUACGCGUGAAGCUGUGGGACCCGCGAAAGAAACGGUAUGAAGUUCCUCUCCCGACACCUGAGCCUCAGGGCCAAGCCUCCAACCCUCUCUACAAAGUUUCAAUUUCAAGAGAAGAUUCCUUCAGUUUCACAGUUCAGAGAACUUCAGCCUCGAGGGACAUAUUUUCCACUGCGACUGGACUAAUUCUGUCCAGUCAGUACCUCCAACUAACAGGGAUCCUACCUUCAGACAAUAUCUAUGGUCUCGGGGAACACGCAAUGGACCGGUUCAAGUUGCUCACAAAUAACUCCGUUCUCACCCUCUUUUCUCGCGACCAGCCUCCCAAUCCCGACAAACCAGGUCAGAAUCUAUAUGGUGUACACCCCUUCUACCUCUGUAUGGAACAAGAUGGCAGCUCACACGGUGUCUUUCUGCUUAACUCAAAUGCAAUGGAGAUUGAACUUGGGCCGUUGCCGUCGGUAACCUACCGUACAAUCGGAGGAAUUUUGGACUUCUAUUUCUUUCUCGGCCCGUCUCCUGAGGCAGUGGUCCAACAGUAUACUGAGGUAAUUGGACGUCCAUUCAUGCCCCCCUACUGGUCACUAGGGUUCCAUCUCUGUCGCUGGGGUUACGACACAGCCAACAAUACCCUGAAGGUCGUGGAGAGAAUGAGAGAUAGCGGCAUUCCACAGGUGGGCGGAGUCAAGGGCGGGGUGUUCAGCAUGAGAGCAAGAGUUUUAGAACAUGAUUAUAUAACAUAUUUUCAAAUAUGUACGUAGGUCCCUGCAAAUAUGACACUGACUUUUGUUCAAAAUAACUGCCUCUUGGAAGUUCUGUAAAUAAUGCCACGUGUAUAAUAAUUACGACAGAGCAAGCAAGUAACCAAGUGAAUGUGGGCUAUUUUCAUAUCACAUAUUUGCUGUCCAAAUAUACAAGGGUGAUAAUCGUAUGCACCCUCACUGUUGCGCAACAAAUACAUGUGUCGCAAAUAUUUUCCGCGUCUUGCGGAUAUUGUGUACAUCGACAUAUUAUAUGAUAGUCACGUUACGCAUAAGCCGUAUAUAUUGUGACCUUACACCCUGGGACUUAGAACAAACAUCUUGACUUGCGUAAACAAACAGCUUGCAAGCCCCCGCCUUCCAAGAAAACUGUUGAAAUUACAAUUAUUAUUUAUUAUACUGCAAAUGUAUUGGCAAAGCCGUGAGAAAAGAAGCCUUAACUCUUAAACCGACCACAUGUAAAGUCGAGAAGUACUAUAAAUUGGUAAACAAACAACAUGUCUGGAUGAUUACACAACAAGGGGGGUUAACGCAGGGUGUGGUAGAGGCUGUGGGGGUAUGAGGUAGGUGUAGCAAGGAAUGAGAGAUAGUGGAAGCUUUACUUGCCAUGCGGUGUAUGAAUCAUUUCUUUCAUGUUAGCCCACAACAGAAUGCGCUGGAUUUACCACCACAACCUAGGGUCUCUCUCUCCUUGUUUACAAUCAUGUGCCCUCCACAGCAGGGUCGUACCGGUUCCGGCUGAGUACCAAUCCAUUUCCUGUCAUACGUACAAAGAAUCUUCCUCUCUCUGUUUCUCUCUCUUUCCUUCCUCGUUCUCGUUUCCCCUAGCAACCCCCGAGUGUACGUAUGUUAUGACAACAGAAUAUUGAAUUAGAGCAUCACUUUUCCCUGUUUCCCAAUCAGUCGCGUGCUUGCAAACACGAAGCAUCGCGGUGAUGUCGCCACGCGGUAAUUGGAAAAACGGCAGCACGGCUUGCAUACUUCCCCUGUCAUACCUCGGCAGGAAAUGCAUUACAUGGAAUGUGACAGGAUUAAUGAGAAGAAUCUGUGCAUGCUCUGUCUUCCACCUUAAAAGUGUUACUGACUGGUCUUACAUUACACCACUGGCACACACAUGACGGUUCAAAAACUGUGGAGAAAUACGGAUGACAUAAUCUGUAGGUCAGGGAUGGAAAGUACGAACUGCUAAUUAUAGGGCGGACUUUUGCCAUACGUAAGGGAUUAUUUAUACAACAGCUCAAAUCUGCUGUGAAAUGAGGCCCAAACGCAAAUUUCUCAAAGCCCUUGAUUUGUGAGUGUGGUUCACGCAAGUCCUGCCAUGUGUUGGGUAAGUGAUGCGUUGCAACGUACAAUAAUUAACAUAGGCUUAAUCUCUAUCGUUUUGUCACAGUGCAAGCAAGCGAAAAAUAUAUGUAUUGACAAAUGACUCGCCACAAAUAGGUGCUAAACUUAUAAGUCGUACUGUGAGGCUGAGCCAUUUCUCCCUGUCUCCUGUUCUUUUCCCAACCUCCCUCCUCCUCUCCUCCAUCGGUUGUUGGGCUCCAUCGGUUGUUGGGCUCAGGACACCCAGUGGAAUGACAUAGACUACAUGAGCGAGCACUUGGACUUCACCUACAACACCACCACCUUUGCAGAACUGCCUGACCUCAUCUCGAAUCUCCACUCCCAUGGACAACACUACGUUCUCAUCACGGAUCCUGGUAUUGGUAGCACGCAGCCGAGAGGUAGCUACCCUCCCUAUGACGACGGGGUCACCAUGGGGAUAUUCAUCACAAACUCCACCCACCAACCAAUAAUAGGCGUGGUAUGGCCAGGCGAAGUCGCAUUCCCAGAUUUCACCAACCCACACACCCAGAUCUACUGGGAUAAGUUUGUGUCCCUGUUCCAUUCCAACAUCUCUUUCGACGGUCUGUGGAUUGACAUGAACGAGCCUUCAAACUUUGUACCUGGCUCUCUUGACGGAUGUCCCAACACGAGCAUCAAUAACCCUCCGUUUCUUCCUGGAGUAUAUCAUGAGGGAUUGAUUGAUAUCUUUGGGAUAAUUAAGAAGACCUUGUGCAUGUCUGCCAACCAAUCCGCCUCCCUUCACUACAACGUACACAGCCUCUAUGGCUUCUCCGAGGCCAACAAGACCAUGAGGGCCCUGGAGAAGGUGCUGGGGAAUCGAUCGCUGGUGAUCUCUCGAUCGACGUUUCCAGGGAGCGGGGUGUUUGGAGGGCACUGGCUGGGGGACAAUGAGAGCAAAUACAGACACAUGCAAAACUCUAUCACAGGAAUUCUGGACUUCAGCCUGUUUGGAAUUCCACUGGUUGGAGCGGACAUCUGUGGGUUUUCUGGCAGCACCACUGAAGAGUUGUGCACUCGAUGGAUGCAGCUGGGAGCCUUCUACCCGUUCUCACGCAACCAUAAUGCCAUCGGAGAACCAGCUCAGGAUCCAGCUGUGUUUAGCAACGACUCUGUGGCCUCGUCUCGCGACGUCCUCCUUCUCCGAUACCGCAUGCUCCCAUUCCUCUAUACUCUGUUCCAUUUCGCUCACGUCAACGGAUCAACAGUCGCCAGACCACUCUUCUUUGAUCCACAUUCCAAUAUUUUCUGUUCAUCCAUUCGUACUCAUUACUUUAUUCUCAUUCUCUUUCUCUAUUCCCAUUCCACCGUUCCAAUUCCACUGGCCAGGUUCCCCAAGGACCAAGUGACGUGGGAUGUGGACCAGCAGUUCAUGUGGGGCUCAGCUGUCCUGGUCACCCCUGUCCUCGUAGAGGGAGCCACUUCAGUUGAGGGUUACUUCCCUCCCGGGGCCAGAUGGUUCAAUCUGAGGAAAGGAAGUGAGAUGACAUCAUCUGGUCACGUGGCUCUCUCUGCUCCGCUGGACACCAUACCUGUCCAUGUGAGAGGAGGCUCUAUCAUAGCUCUGCAAGAACCCAAUACCACCACAACUGAGAGCCGCAAGAAUCCAUUUGCAUUGCUGGUUGCCCUGGACGACAACCAAUCAGGCGAGGGCUGGCUUUAUUGGGACGACGGAGAGACGCUGGCAACCUUUGAGACUGGCACAUACUCUCUUCUUCACUUCUCAGUCGCAGAUGGCAACCUUUCAAGUUCCGUCAGACACUCUGGCUACACCGAGCUAGACAAUGCAAUGUUACAUCUUUUUACCAUAUAUGGUCUUCCGAGUCAGCCAAUGUCGGUCGCUCUGAACAAUAAUCCCGUACCGGAGAGUGACGUGGAAUGGAAUGAGGACACAAAGGUGCUGAAUGUGAGAGUAUCACUGACAGAUCUCAACCAACCAUUCACUCUGACAUGGAAAACAAGUGCCUAUUAACUCAGUAGAGAAAAGUAUUACUGUAUGUUGUUGGUUGAAAACUGUGCCGAUACGCUUCCCAAACGUGUGUGUGUGUAAAAUUAUAUAGCAUUGGAAGUUUAUUGUUAUACUUGUCAAGUGCCACGACGACACGGUGACACAAGUGGUAUGCACAGAAUGAUAAUAUAAUAGCUGUCAGUUUGUAACGCUGCGAGAGUUUUGUUGCAUUCCCGAGGUCAUAAAUAACAUCAUCUAACAAUGUUUGUUGUUGUUUUUGUUUUUGUUUACACGGUGACUUUGGUGAAACCGACCGUUGCGGUUGGGUCCCCAUUGUAUUUGUUCUGAACAUGAAUCCUUUUUGCCCUUGAGCUGUCUGUGGCUGGAGUGUUUGCACUGCGACUGUCUUUGGUGGAGAUGUGAGUCCGACAGGACGCCAGUCUUGACUCCAAUGCCCCGACUUUUCUGAGGAGAUCUCCGACCAUAUUGAGGGCAGAUAUCCUGGUGGAAGGUGUGUAGUUCUGGAUGCCAGUGAAGGCAGUCCGCGGCGUCCCUGGCUCAGUGGAGGGGAUGGUGUGUGUGUGGAUGAGUGGGGAGGGGGAGGUGGUGGUGGAGGGAGUGGGAGGGUGUGAGGUGGAGGACAAUGUGGCGAUUCGUGGUGUGGAUGGGGCGGCAGAUGAAGCAGGCUCCUCUUGGGGGGCGGAGCCAGAUUGCUCCGCCCCCUCAUCACUCCCCACCCGGCGAUGCUUACGAUUCAGCUCCGAUCGAAGUUCUUUGACCUCGUCCUUGAGUCUCUGGGACAUCUCGGCCAGUCUCUGCUUCUCAUCUAGUUCAUUCUCGAGUAUCGCGUUCCUCUCAAAUGCCUUGUUCAGUUUGGAUUCAAAGUCCUCCAACGAAGACACUGUCACUC